AUGCCGUCGAAGAGGAAUGAGCCAAGGCCUGAGGCCUGCAUUAACAUUGGCAUCGAUUUCGGAACCACGUAUUCUGGUGUUGCGCAUGCAUCUUCGUCGAAGCCCAACGAUAUCGAGAACAUCAUGCGUUGGGAGUCAGUUAACCAAAACAACGAGGAUCUCGAGAAGGUACCCACGGUCAUUCAUUUUAACACCAGCACCAGGUGGGCCCCGAGGGAGACAACGUGGGGUCUGGCUGUUCCCGAUGACAAGAAAGCCAUCGAGUGGUUCAAGCUGCUCCUUGUUGACGAACAGAACCUGCCAGACAAUCUUCGAGACUCGGAGCGCCUCAGGGAUGCCAUGGUCAAUAUCUGUCGUUUCAAUGUCGUCAUCACGGUCCCCGCUAUGUGGUCACUGGAGGCUCAGAUGAAAAUGCGAACUGCUGCCAAGAUGGCUGGCAUUCUCAGCCGACGACUCGCCGGUGAGACGACGCUGACAUUAGUCGCUGAGCCCGAGGCCGCGGCCCUCGCUACUCUGGCGGACAUGGGAGGAGAGAAGAGCAUCGAGAAGGAUGACAUCCUGGUCAUCGCAGACUGCGGAGGUGGCACGUGUGGACUAUGCGGCGCGAUCACCCUGGAGGAUGCCUUCAAAACGUUUCUGCGACGAAAAAUGGGCCCGUCAACCUUCGAUCAAAUCCCUUCCAAGCGGCUCAAGAUCAUUCUCAGGGAGCAGUGGGAGAAUGGUAUUCGUAACCAGUUCACCGGUCACUUUCAAGUGUGGACUAUUGAUGUUCCCUUUGAGGCCAUUCCCGCCAAAGAUCGUGCUAACCUAACUUCCCUACCUACGGUCAAAUUCAACGCCGAUGAGCUGAAAGAGGAGGUAUUUAAGCCAGUUUUCACCAACAUUUUGGCCUUGAUACGAGAUCAGAUCAAAGCUGUCGGUACACUUGGACGAAAUAUAGGACGGCCAAAGUACAUCAUGCUGGUAGGCGGGUUUGGUCGUUGCCCCUAUCUAUACCGGGUUGUGACGCAGAAAUUCGGAAUCGAGGUCCUCCAGAGCACUGGAGCCAAGCCUUGGACCGCCGUGAGCCGUGGUGCCGUCAUUCAUGCAAUUGCGUCCCAAAACAUCCGAGGCGGUGUCGCAGCUAAAGUUGAGUCUCGAAUUGCCCGCGCCAGCUACGGUUACAAUUACCACGACAAGUUCGAACCGGGAAAGCAUCGUGAGGAGGACAAAAUUUGGUCUGAGGUCUUCCAGCACUACCGUGCUGAUCAACUGAUGACUUGGUUUCUACAAAAGGGGCAAGUCAUCAAGAACUCCAACAAGUCAUUCAAGACUCGUUACUUGCACCACUUUUCGACCAUGCCAGAGUUCAUCGAGGACUACAUUCUGACGUCCAAAGCGACUCCCGUUCCGGAUCGCAACAACGAUCAGGUAGAGAUCCUGUGCACCAUCAAGUGGCAGUCUGACCUCGGACCGGAGCAGGUGCCCAAAUUUGUCAACAAAGAGGGAGACGUGUUCUACGAGGUAGAAUAUGAGCUGGAUAUGACAUAUGAUGGAGCGACCGUCGAAUUUGCCAUUUGGCACAAUGGCAAGAAGCAGGGUGCUGAGAAGGUUGGCCUGGAAUUCCAACAGUCGACCAUCCUCCCCAGUGCCUGA